GCAUGCUAACGGGUUUUUUCAAGUAAACCCCCUUUUAUUUUUGAGCUUGAGGCGGGAAACCGCCCGUGGUUUCAAGACAAAGAGGAGAUAAGAUAGAGAAUAUAUUGCCUUAUCAAGCUUAAUUUAUUGUUUGUUGGCUUUGCAGAAGGCCAUGCAAGUACACAACUUUUCCCUGACCAACCCGCUAUCCCAUCCGGCCUCUUGAAGCCUUGCCAGCGGGACAAACAUGAUAACACCUGAGCACUAUUGGCGGUAGCCAACUGCACGACUUCCAAUGCUUGGCCAACGUUCAACUUCCAGACCACCAAACUAAGCCCAGUCACUACAGCUGAGCAAGAAAAACACACAAGCGACCUCCCUCAGCGAGCCACAACCAGGCAAGCGUGACUCAAAAUGGAUUUUCAGCUUCAGGGCCAGCGGUGAAUCUGCCCCAACAUGUUCUGGCCCUUUCGUAUACGCUUCAGCGUAUAGCGCUACCGGCAGCUCCUACAGACUAGUGAUGCUCCUCAACUGAAUAUGGGAGAUAGCUCGUGCUCUACUGGGCCAACUUCCGAUUUUACGAAGCGUAGAACACCCAGCACAUGCGUCUUCAUGCAUUGACCCUCCUCACCUGCGUUUGUUGUUAACACAUGCUCAGCGUUCCGUGUUGCUGAGUCCAGACCGGCCAACAUCAGCCACCUCAAGGGAAUAUUGCCCUUCUUUGGCGUACAUGGCCUGCACAGCAAUGAGACUAUGGAAUGCCCCCGUAGACUAUUGAAACCUCUCGCUUACUUUGGAAUUGACUGACCUUCAGCUUCGAUCAUUAUCGAGCCUAGAACAUCCAAGUCGAGGGCUAUCAUGUUUAUAAAGUGUAGUGUAUGCCUCAUGCAGAGAUAAAGAUCGUCAUCAGAAGUACCUCAUCGGCUUUAUCUUUGGUUCCAACCCCCUACUAUCUUCCUUUACUUGCAUGAUCACGUCAAGUUAGCAAAAUGAUCGCCAGUACCUUCGUCCUUUUCUGCGCUGCUGCAGCUGUCGGUGCCAUUCCGGCCCAGUCCUUGGAUGCCGAGAUUCUUUGGGCUCGUGCCGUAGUCACGUCCACUGAUGGCAUCUGCGGUGCCUUCAACGGUUCCGCCAGCUGUCUCGGCACUGGCUUCGGAAACUGCUGCUCCCAGUUUGGCUACUGCGGAACGUCUGAUCUCCACUGCGGUACUGGCUGCCAGACUGGCUUUGGAUCUUGCGGUACCCAGCCAGGUCCUCAAUACAAGGACCUCGGAUGCUUCGUUGAUAGCACCUCUGCCCGUGUCCUGCCCACUCUGAUCAGCCAUGCCGGAAACACCCCCACCAAGUGCAAAGCUGCUUGUGCUGAUGGUGGCUUUGCCUACGCUGGUCUUGAGUUUGGCAGUCAGUGCUGGUGUGGAUCAGCUCCUCAGCAGGACCUCGUCCAGUCCCAGAGCUGCAACAUUGCUUGUCCUGGUGACAGCACCUUGACAUGCGGUGGCAGCAAUGCCAUUGAGCUCUUCGCUACUGUCCCUACUUGGAUGAACCUUGGCUGCUAUUCUGACACUACUCUCUCCCGCACUCUCAGCAACUCUCUCAACAUCGCCGGUAACACCAACAAGAAGUGUCAAGAUGCCUGUGCUGCCGCCGGUUACAAGUAUGCUGGUACUGAGUUCGGAAACCAGUGCUUCUGUGGCAACACUAUCGACAACUCUGGUGCCCCUAUUGCCGCAAGCACCUGCAACAAGGCCUGCGCUGGAGAUUCUACUGCUACCUGUGGCGGACCCAAUGCUCUCAGCCUCUUCUAUCUCCUUUAAGCUAGUAGUAGAUAUUUGGAGGUUUAGUAUGAGGUGCAAUUAGGAUUUAAAUCAUCCAUAGUAAUAGUUGUUCUUCUAGAUAUAGCUUAAUAUACGAGCCAUCACCUGCAUGUUACUAUAGCUCUUUAUAACACAGGCCUUUUUCACUAUUAGGCACCACUAAAAAAAGCUGGGUCAUAGUCAACGCCUUGGAUUCAGACAUAGUAUUGGCAAUUAUUAGAUAGAGCUGGCAAGGUUUCUCAGUUUAAGAUGCCGAGGAUGCUGUAGGAUAGAUUAGAUAAGUGAUUAGAUAAGUGAUUAGAUAAGUGAUUAGAUCAAUCAGCUAAGAUUGGCUCAGGCAGGUAGCUAUCAAUAAACAUGCAUGAUCUCUGAA